AUGACUAAAACACAGCAUGGCUAUAGCGCCAAUGAGCCUCAGCUUGAGGAAACGCUGCCCUCGCUAAGCCGGCCGGGUAUUUUGACGGUGAUUCUUCAUGAGGGGGCUGGCCUCUCCGUGCCGGAUGGAUUCGAAGAGAGCCCCGAUGAAGAGCGAAAUAAGCGCAACAUACCAUAUGCCAUCUUGACCUUUGACAAAUCGCAAAAGAAGGCUAACUCCCGCUGGGGGAAUAGACAAAAUCCCAUAUGGGAUUCAGACACUGGAGUGCUGUAUCGCCCAUUACACUGGAAUGCUGACUUCGGGGUACCACGCAAAUCGAGUUGGAACUUUGAUGUUUGCCGCCCUGCUGAGUUGGCCAUCUAUCUCUACCUCGGAGACCCUUAUACAUCCUCUUCUAUACAAGGCCAUGCUUUCCUUGGAGUGGCACGGAUCGUAAUAGAUCCCUCUCAAAUAGCAGCAGCCUCGUCGCAAUGGAUUGGCGUGCAGUAUGGCACUGGCCAGCUUCGCAUUAGCCUCGAAUACGAGGAUAUGAAAGACCGGACCCUGGAAAGAGCCGACUUUCAAGUCGACUAUAUUAUGGAGCUGCUAAAUAUACAUACGUGGCAACUAUAUACUACGAGGACGAUUCCAAUGGUUCAACGCCUCCAGAAUGUCAAUCAUCCAUUCAUUGCACCACUGACGCUGACUUUUCAGUCGCAAGAAAACUUAGACCGCACCACUGACGCUGACUUCCCAGUCGAAGAAUGUCUGAACCUUUUAUCUCCAGCCAUAGAUGGUGGGCAUCUCUUUUACCAUCUUCAGAGGCAGCAGCGUUUCAAUCUCGAGAGCGCUCAAUUUUACGCCGCUGAGAUUCUGUGCGCGUUGGAAUAUCUGCACGAGACCCGCGGCAUCUACUCCUGGUUGAAGCCUCGACAUGUCCUUCUAGACUGCUUUGGGCACGUCGUUCUCUAUGGCUCUAGUCUUUAUAAACCAGCGGUUGACGGCGACCGCAGCAGCUACGGGAUUCCAGAAUACCCAAGCCCCGAAGUGCUCCUAAAUAAUCGUCAUUUUAAAGCGGCAGAUUGGUGGACACUAGGGAUUUUUCUCUACGAGAUGUUGACAGGAUUACCGCUUUUCUUUGACGAGAAUCCCGAAGAGAUACGUCUCAGGAUACUCAGCACUGAUCCCAUCCAAAUAUCUGAAGCCCUUCCUCAAAACGCCAGAGACAUCAUUAUGAGGCUCCUCGAACGAGAGCCUGAUCUUCGUCUAGGAGCUAAAGGAGGAGCAUCCGAAGUUAGAGAACACCCAUUUUUCGCUGGAAUUGAUUGGUCAGAGCUCUUCCGACGGAAUCUUGAACCUCCUUUCAAGCCAAAAUUCACUUUCAGACGUUUUGAACAGCAUGGGGUACAAGAGUAUCCCCAGAAGGACCUCCCGAAGGAGAAAGGCGACACGCUCUGUAAAGAUCUCGAACCGGAGAGCAACUUGGCUUUUGAUAAUGACGAUAACGCUGUUCUGACACCAGUGUCUAGCCAGGAGGGGUCCGAUCAAGAGGCCGAUGAUGAGAAUGAUGACGGUUGGGAGCUUGUGUGGGAAGAGGGUGCUCCUGGGGAGCUCUAUUUCCGCCAUCGCACUACAGGGGAAGAAAAGUUUAUUCUGGCAAGACGUGUUCGCCCGUCACAGAAGAAUAAAAAUAACGUUGAUGCUACCAAUGCUACCGAUGCUGAAUUACGCAAUGGCGGUCCCAGCACAAGCAAGAAGCUGGAUGCACUCGAGGCAGCGUUGAAUGCGGGGCAUGACCGCAUUGUCUCACAAUUAAUAUCAUAUGGCAUAGACUUAAAUGUCCGCCUCUUUGAUUCUGAGUUAGAAAGUCCCCUGGGAUGGUCAAUAGACCAUAAGAAGCUACAUUUGGUGCGGCUUUUGCUUGACAACGGUGCAGACAUUGGAUUUCUGGACCGUGAAUUCGAGCGCCAAGACGGGCCAGCGUUAACGAGGGCCGUGGCAGCAAGAGAUCGGAAACUCAUUGAGUUCCUAUUGCAGAGGCGCCCAAGCCGGGUGGACUUGACGAGAGCCCUGGGGCGAGCCGUUGAUCAACGGGAUAGGGGUCUAGCGCAACUGCUCCUGGCAAAUGGCGCCCGGUGUGAGUUUGAAGAGGAAGACCGGCCUUCACCUCUCAAUCCCGGACCAUACGGUGGCUGUUAUGGUGGUGUAUCCCUGGAUGGAGAAUUCAUUCCCCCGCUUUUUCGAGCCGUUAAGAUAGGCGAUGUCAGCCUGGUGCGGCUACUGCUUAGGAACGGAGCGAACGCCAAUAUCGGAUACCAUGAUCUCAUUCACGAUCUUGGGCCAGGCCAUAUCAAAUUUAGGUGCGGGAGGGUAAUUCAAGUAGCCAUGGAGCUGAAGAGACAUGAAACGAUCAAGCUAUUGCUUGCCGCCGGCGCAGAUAUUAGUCUCGCACAGCCAGUCUGGUGUGUACCAGGCCAUAUAUGCCAAGAGGUAACGAGGGUUUUCUACCAGACCACGAUGAGCAGGUUGAGAAAAGUAGUGGAAUCAGAAAACAUAUAG